CACCAUUCAAACGUUAUCAGUAGUUCUCUCCGUAUUGAGCUGAUAAGAUGAGAUAUUUCGCGGUACUUGUGAUUAGUUUAAUCAACUUCUGGCUAGCGGCUGGAGCUACAGAUAAAGUUAUCUGCUAUUAUGGAUCCUGGGCCCACUAUCGUAGUGGAAAUGGAAAAGUUUCUGCAUCUGAUUUGAACCCUAAGUUGUGCACUCACAUUAUUUACUCCUUUGUCGGAAUAACUGAGUCGGGUGGAGUAUCGAUACUGGAUCAAUGGCUAGAUAUUGACCUUGGCGGAAUCAAGAACACAGUUGCAUUGAAAAACAUCAACCCUAAAUUAAAAGUAUUGGCGGCGAUUGGUGGAUGGAAUCAAGGAGGCUACAAAUUCUCUCUUGUCGCUGAAAAUCCCACAUUACGAGCACAAUUUGUCAAAAAUGUUGUUAGCUUCGUUCAGCAACAUAAACUAGAUGGAUUUGAUAUUGACUGGGAGUAUCCAGCUGGAAAUGGAGGACGGCCUCAAGAUAAGCAAAACUUUGUGUUGCUGCUAAAAGAAUUGCGUGCUGCCUUCGAUAACAAUGGAUACAUUUUAUCAGCCGCGGUCGGUGCUACUCGAAAUUUGAGAGAGACCUCAUAUGACGUAGCAAAUAUGAAUAAAUAUUUGCAUUUUAUUAACAUCAUGGCAUACGAUAUUCACGCCAGCUGGGAUGGUAAAACUGGUCAGAAUGCCCCUCUUUAUGCAAGCUCCGUUGAUUACAGCCCUGAUUUAAAUGUUGAUGCAAUAGUGCAACAAUGGAUAUCCGCUGGUGCUUCUCCUAGCAAACUGGUACUAGGGUUAGGACUUUAUGGAAGAUCUUUCACCCUGGCAAAUCCAAAUAACCGCGGUGUAGGUGCGCCAACCGUAGGCGCAGGAAAUCCAGGUCCAAUUACCCAAGAAGGCGGAGUCCUAUCUUAUCUGGAAAUUUGCUCCAACAUCAAAUCAGGAUGGACAGUUGUCUACGACAAUCAACAACAAGUUCCUUAUGCUUAUAGUGGAAAUCAGUGGGUAGGAUACGAUAAUGUUCAGUCUCUACAAAAGAAGGUCGAUGCCGCGAAGGCCAAAGGAUUAGCAGGAGUUAUGGUUUGGUCUGCAGAACAAGAUGAUAUUCGCAAUGUUUGUGGAGGAGGUUCAUGGACAUUGCUGACAGCAAUCAAUCAACGAUUAUUCUUGUUCAUCUUUGAAGUAAACAAGAUGAAAUACUGGGCAGUUCUGCUGGUCGCAUGGCUAAAUUCAUUAUUGGUGUAUUGCGCUACCGAUAAAAUUGUGUGCUAUUAUGGGUCAUGGGCUUACUACCGCCAAGGAAUUGGCAAAGUUGCCCCAACCGAUUUGAAUGCCAAACUAUGCACCCACAUCAUCUACACAUUUGUUGGGCUCAAUGAAGCCGCCGAAGUGAAACUCCUGGACCCCUGGUUGGACAUCAGCUUAGGAGGAAUAAAAAAUACUGUGGCGCUUAAACAAGUUAAUCCAAAUUUGAAAGUCCUUGUUGCGAUUGGUGGCUGGAAUCAAGGUGGUGCGAGAUUUUCUAUAGUCGCUGGAAGUCCCUCAUUAAGAAAGCGAUUCGCACAGAAUGCCGUAAAUUUCAUUAAGGAAUAUAAGUUUGAUGGUAUGGAUAUUGAUUGGGAGUACCCCGCAGGGAAUGGAGGACUUCCACAGGAUAAGGCAAAUUUUGUUCUAUUUCUCCAAGAACUUCGGAGUGCAUUUGAUCAGAAUAAGUAUAUUCUAUCAGCGGCAGUAGGUGGAGCUCGAGCACGAAGGGAAGAAUCUUACGACGUACCGAAUCUGAAUAAAUAUUUACAUCUUAUUCAUGUAAUGGCAUAUGAUCUUCAUGGUAGCUGGGAUGGCAAAACUGGAGCAAAUGCUCCUUUGUACGCAGGUCCUGGAGAUAAUCCUGAUUUAAAUGUGGAUGUAAUUAUUCAACAAUGGAUACAAGCUGGAGCUUCUCCUGACAAACUUAUACUUGGUAUGGGAUUUUAUGGAAGAUCCUUCACAUUAGCCAACGCAAAUAAUCAUGGCAUUGGAGCACAAACAUUGGGGCCUGGAAUCCCGGGUCCAAUAACACGUGCGAGCGGAUCAUUAUCAUAUACAGAAAUUUGUUCCAAUAUUAAGGCGGGAUGGACGGUAGUAUACGAUAAUAAACAACAAAUUCCCUAUGCUUUUCAAGGAAACCAGUGGGUCGGGUAUGACAAUAUUCAGUCGCUGGAGAAGAAAGUGGACUAUGCUAAAACUAAAGGAUUAGGAGGAGUUAUGGUUUGGUCUUUGGAUCAAGACGAUAUUCGGAACGUCUGUGGUGGUGGUUCGUGGACGUUACUGGCGACAAUCAACAGGAAACUUCGUUUGACUUAUCUAAGAUAUAUGAUUGUAAUGUUAGAUGUUGCAUAUUCUCCUCCAGAAAACAAUUACUUACCAUUUGCUUGAUAAUAAGUUCGGAAAAUAUGAUAUCCUACAUUAAACGCUUUGAAAUCUCCACACCA